AUGACCGACGGUACAGCCCCGGCCGAGAAACGACGACGAAUCGACCGCGUAUCUGCCGCAUGUGACCUGUGCAAAGCCCGCAAGGUCAAGUGCGAUGGAACACAUCCCUGUUCGUAUUGUCAGAGGAAGAACCGAGCGGACACAUGCACGUUCUCGGGGCCUAAGCCUCGCCAGACGCAGUCGACUGCGAAUACUCCAGCGAAUGCCUUGACAAGUUCCGCAGGCGGACUGGAUCCGCCGACAGGACGUCAAAGGCAACGAAGCGAUCCGACUUCACUUAGACAGCGUCUGCAAGGCGAUGAAGAGGUCGGCCAGAUAGGUGCCUCGCUGUCGCCUACUGUGAGCCGCGAGGAUCAUCACGAAGACACUGAUGUGCCUUUGGAAGCUCGCCUUCUUCGCGACGCGCAAGGCAAAGUCAUCUUCAUUGGGGACUGUGCGCCUCUGUCGUUCCUGCAGACUGUUAGACAUCUCCUUGCAUCCGAGAUCGACUCCGAUGAGCUGCCACUGCAAGCCUCUCGAGACUCGAUCAUCGAGGCUGCACAACCGCCAAGUAGCGGACGAGCACAUCACGGAGUAUCCGUCGUUGUUCCAGGAGAAGUUGCAACAAUUUCGAAUGAGUAUUUCGUGGCUACUAGUGGACUCGUAGAUCUGUUCGACAGAACACAGCUGGUCAAAGACAUGGCGAGCUGGGCAAGUGACAUUGAUCCGCAUACGGCAGACACCCAAUUUGCAGUCUAUCAACUUGUCUCUGCAAUUGGGCUGCAAGAAACGGAUGAGCCCAGAGCAGAGUCUUACUUUGCCCGCGCAAGAGAUGCCCUUCUCGCGAAUCUCUGCGGAAUCAUGAAUGUAGCUGCCGUCCAGGGGUUCACAUUGAUGUCCUUGUACAUGCUACGAGCUUUCCAACCGAACGGCGCCUAUCUGUACUUCUCACUGGCUGCUCGCACAUCAUACGCGAUCGGCCUGCAUCGCACAGAAGUCAACGCUUCUACGGGACCUGCAAUGCAUACCAUGAGAGAUCGAAUAUGGAAGAGCUUGAGGGUGGUUGAUAUGCUCAUCAGCAAUAUGCUCGGCCGGCCGCCUUCAACAUCUGAUGUUGACUGCACCGUGAAGUACAGGCUGCCAGACGCGAGCAGUCGCUCACCGCCGAACAUACUAGACGCCAGUGUCCAGAUGUUCAUGAUCAUCGAGAGAAUCGUGGUCGAAGUCUACUCACGAAAGCGGAUAUCAAUUCGGAUCGCAAACUUCGUCUCACACCAGCUCAAGGGGUGGGCGUCAAACUGGAUCCGCCCUUUCACUGACAUUGUGAAAAAGUCUGGUCAAGCGAACGCCUCGAGGGAAAACGUGAUUGGAGCCUGCCAAACACUAUGCACAUACUACUAUGGGAUCAUGCUCCUGACAAGACCGUUCUUGAUUUAUGAGCUUUACGAAUACCUUGGAGCUUCGAUGAGAGGACCCAGUACAAGGGCGGAGAAUCUAGAGAAGCGCAAGUUCGCAGAUGCAGCUCUCGACGCUUCUGUUGCCUUUGUCGAUACCCUACAGAGCGUUAUUGCGUCUGGCAAGAUGCCGCUGAGGAUGCCACUCGUUGUAUCCUGGCUGUUCACGACAUCUCUCGUGCUUGCCGUAGGUACACUUGGCCGGACUGGAUUGUCCUUUGAAGGCACUUGUCGCAGCUCAAUCCAAUGCUUGGACUACUUCAGCAAAGUUGAUCCGCAUGCACGACAGUACUCAGUAAUCGUGCAAUCACUACUCAAGACUGCAACUGAGCAUGUGAGGAAGCGGGAGCUUCAUCAGAGAUCUCAGCGGAAACAAGCCUCGUCACAGCUCUUUGGUCUUUUGCCUCUCGAGUCCGAGGACACUAUAUUAUCAGAUGCGCCAUCAGACUGGACAUUUUAUGAUGCCGACUUCUUCGCUCUACCUUGGACCAAUGAGAACGACCAAGGCCUUCAAGACUUCCUUCAGCCAGGUCGCCAGACACUUGAUGGGGCAUUGGCCGAUAUUCCCCUCUUCCCGCUGUAUGAUCAGAGCACCCGCUCCUUUGGGCCAUAUUCUGGGCAGGGAAGUUGA